AUGUCAAAAGAAGAGAAAUUCAAAAAAUAUGAACAUGUUGUAAUGAAAGAUUUAACGGAAAGGCAAUACAAAACUAUCCUGAAUAAAUAUUAUUCAAUUGAAGGAAGAAUCAUAAAUUUGGAAAAUGAGAUACCAUGGUACAAUGCUUGCAAAGCAUGUAACAAAAAGGUACAAUUAAAGGGAGAUAGUGCAAGAUGUGACAAAUGUAACACUGAUGAUACAAAAUAUACACAAAAGUAUAUGGGAAGAUUCAAGGUGACAGAUUCAACUGAUACAAUAAUUGUUACAAUCUUUGAGAAUCUUGAAACAAUUAUAGGAUGUUCAACAAUACUCACAGAUUAUACAUUCAUGUCUAUCCAAACAAUAUUGUUUCUACUUCAAAAUGGAUGCAAGAAAUGA